AUGCCAAACGUCGUCAAAUUAUUGGUAUUGAUUGGUAUAGUGGAGUGUUCAUCAUUGGUGUUGGCUGAUGAAGUGUCGGAUUUGGACGAGCAUGACAGAAGAGUGAUUGAGUUGCUUCAACGGGGUGAUGUGUUCGAUAAUGAAACCAUAAUUGAGAUCUUCAAUGGAACUGAAUUCGUUAAUGACACAUUCCCAUCGAAUAUAACGAACGCAACUACUGAAAGACCAACUGCAGUGAUUGAUCUGGCACAGCCAAUCGAAGCAGUUAAGAAAAUUUACGAACGUUCACGCAGACACCUUCAUCAGUUUAUGGAUAAACCGUAUGCAAACGUAAUGGUCGCCUCAGCACUAGUGGGCGUGUUAACAACACUGGUUGCUAUACUCCUAUUUUGCUUCCUUUAUUCAAUUUCAACUCGAUGCUGCUCCAGAAGACGUAAGGCAAGAAUGGCGAAUGCAAAUUACGAUGAUGAUCAAACGCUGAUCGAUAGACAAGUCACAAAUGUUGCUUGA